CCGGCCGCCUGCAGGUGUCUCCCCACGGAGGGGCGCGCAUCCCUGCGCCGCGGCCGCUGCCAGGAGCCGGCGGCGGCUGCUCGCCGAGGCGCACUCGCGCUCCGGGCUCCGGGCGCGCCGGUCCGCUCCACUCCGCGGCCCCGUCCUCCCCGCGGCUCCGUCCUCCCGCCGGGGGUGGGGGGGCAUGGACCAGCGCCGCCAGCGUCCCCGCCGACCGCAGGCCCCCGAGCCCCGGGGCGGGCGCUGACGCGGGCGGGCGCCGCUGCCAACUUCGCGCGGAGCUGCGGGGCGGCGCGGGCGGCAUGAAGACGAGCCGCCGCGGCCGAGCGCUCCUGGCCGUGGCCUUGAACCUGCUGGCGCUGCUCUUCGCCACCACCGCCUUCCUCACCACGUACUGGUGCCAGGGCACGCAGCGGGUGCCCAAGCCGGGCUGCGGCCAGGGCGGCGGAGCCAACUGCCCCAACUCGGGCGCCAACGCCACGGCCAACGGCACCGCCGCCCCCGCCGCCGCCGCCGCCGCCGCUGCCGCGAGCCCGGCCGGCGCGCCCUACAGCUGGGAGGCGGGCGACGAGCGAUUCCAGCUGCGCCGCUUCCACACUGGCAUCUGGUACUCGUGCGAGGAACAGCUCGGUGGCCCGGAUGAGAAAUGCCGCAGCUUCAUUGACCUGGCCCCGGCUUCAGAGAAAGGGGUGCUGUGGCUGUCGGUGGUCUCCGAGGUGCUCUACAUCCUCCUGCUGGUGGUCGGCUUCAGCCUCAUGUGUCUUGAGCUUUUUCACUCCAGCAGUGUCAUCGACGGGCUCAAGCUCAAUGCCUUUGCUGCGGUCUUCACGGUGCUCUCAGGUCUCCUGGGAAUGGUGGCACACAUGAUGUAUACACAGGUGUUCCAGGUCACCGUGAGCCUUGGCCCAGAAGACUGGAGACCUCACUCCUGGGACUAUGGGUGGUCCUUCUGCUUGGCCUGGGGUUCGUUUACCUGCUGCAUGGCGGCGUCUGUCACUACGCUCAACUCCUACACCAAGACAGUCAUUGAGUUCCGGCACAAGCGCAAGGUCUUUGAGCAGGGCUACGGGGAGGAGCCGACCUUCAUAGACCCUGAGGCCAUCAAAUACUUCCGGGAGAGGAUUGAGAAGGGGGACGUGAGCGAAGAGGAAGACUUCCGCCUCGCCUGCCGCCACGAGAGAUACCCCACCCGGCACCAGCCACACAUGGCAGACUCCUGGCCACGAAGCUCGGCUCAUGAGGCAGCAGAGCUGAACCGUCAGUGCUGGGUCCUGGGGCACUGGGUGUGAUGUGACCCAAGCCAGCCCCCAUCUUCCUGCCGUCACUGGCACACCCCUCCCACAGGACAUGGAAGCCUGGUCUCUGUGCUGUGGACUCGGCUCUCCUGUCGAGGAGACACCAGGCCUAGACUGCCACCACUGCCUGGGUCUUGGGCCCCCAGAGACGGGUCAGGAGGGCCAGAGGGACUGUCCAGGCGGCGCAGAGACUUGGAGACAGAAAUCAACACCGCGCUUAGAGCCACACCCAGCCGGGAAGCCGGGAAGAACACGGGCAUGGACCACUGAGUGCUGGCCCCACAGCCAGCCACAAUGCCAAGCAGGCGCCCAGAGGGGCAGGGUCCUGUGGGGACAGGGAAUGGGGCUUACUGAAGGAGGGGCAGUGGCUGCCUCUGCAGGCCACACAGCAGGCACACAGCAGGGGCUCAAUAAAUGCUUGUCAAACCUCUUCUCUUGCUAUGUAUGGGCUGGCUCCCCCAUCAUCGCCCUGCCCCGAGGGUGUGAGCCCUGGGCACUGAGGUCAGGGCCAAACAUUUUGGAUGAGCUAGAGUCCAGCCCAACCUGGGGAAGUUCAGGAUGGAGACAGGCGGGCAGAGCAGCCUGGGUCCUGAGCAUAGCAGGAGGGGCAGUCCAGGAGAGAGGAGAAACAUAUAUGUCCAGGAACUUCAGCAACGUGACACCAUCCUGACCCUGGGGAUCCUGUGCCUGCGUCUAGGGCCACUUUACAUGAAACCUCUGGCUCAGCUGCCCAGGGGGAAAACACUGUCUUGACCAUGAAAGCGUGGGGUUCAGAGAGGGAAGUUUCUUGGUUGAAAUUAGAGGUGACAUGCGAGACAGUGAGUUUAAACCAGACUUGCUCCCAGUUUAGUUUCCCAAGAGGCCUCAUCCUGCCCCGAAGGAUUUCUAGAGAUUGGCAGACUGAGGUAGAAUGUGGUCUUCUCCUUCAUCAUCCAUCCACUGCCCAUCCAUGACCCAUCCACCCAUCUGUUUAGCCAGCAUUCACCCACCAUCAUCUACCCACCUACCCUCAUCCAUCUAUCCACUCAUUCGUCCAUCAUCCACUCACCCAUCAUCCAUCUAUCAUUUACCCAUCCGCCCAGCCACGUAUCAUAACCCAUUUGACCAACCUUCAUCCGUACAUUGAUACAUAAUUCAUCCAUCUACUCAUUCAUCCAUUUAGCAGUAUGUAUCCACUCAUCACCUAUCCACCCAUCCAUCCUACCCAUUCAUCCAGCAUCCAUCCAUCCAUCCAUCCAUCCAUCCAUCCAUCCAUCCAUCCACCUGUCUAUCCAUCCAUCCAUCCACUAACUGUGAACACAUCAUCCAUCUACCCAUCCUCAAUUGUCCAUUCACCCAUAAUUCACCCAUCUAUUAUCCAUGUGUCAUUGUCAUUCCUUUUGUCAGCCAUCCAUCUGUGCAUCAGCCAUCUUCAUCAUCUAGCUAUCCAUCUGUGGAUCUGUCUGCACACAGGUGUCACCUAUUGUGCCCCUACUGUGUGCCACACACUGGUAGGCCUUGGAGAUGGGACACUGACUCUUCCAGAGAAGCAGACAAGGGACGAAAUGGGAGAUGAUAGCUCAGUGUAGGAGUGCUGGGUGUGGUACCUGCUCUAGAGUCAGACUCCUCACAUCAGGUCCUGUCUUCUCAGCCCUGGUGGCCUUAUCCUGUAGAAGGAUAAGAGUCUUCAUUGCACCUACCUCUUACAGCUGCUGGAGGGUGGCACAGACUGGUUCCUGUGAGCACGGGGAGCAGUCUGGACCGAAGAAAGUACCCUACCAUCACGUCAACAAGGGGAGCUGGGGUCAUGGGGCCUGUUGGAGACCACCUGAAGGACUGGUGAUCAAGAAAUGACACCCAAGCCAUCAUGCUGAUGUCAGGGUUUGGAAGAAGGACAGGACAGGAGAGGGAUUUCAGAUGGUCUCAGUGACAAGUGUGGGGGAAAAAAGUCUGUGAGGAUGGAACCAGACUGGAGAGAGGACUCAAAGUUUCAUUAGGGACCUACAGUUUAUCCUUGGGGACAGCUCUGGAUACGGUGGGACAGGCCAAGGUAAGGUGUGUAGUCUAGGAGGUCACCGCAGCUCCAGGCUAGAACAGAUGACUAAGACAGGACUCCCGUGUUCUUGCAGGGCCCUGAGUGUGAGGGAGAGUGCUGUGGCUGAGGAAAGAGGCUAGUGGAGUGCCAGGCAGCUAACUGGGGCCAAGAGGAGGAACGGGUAUAGGAGGAGGAGGCAGGAGAGAAGAGGCAUGAGCUUCAGGUGUCUGUCCUGUGUCAGGCUGGGCACCCAGGGGCCAAGGGUGGACCUCAUGGUUCUGUGUGGACGCAUACCUGUGCUCAGCCACUCAGAAAGCACUUCCCUUCCACUUUGUGUCCACACAGCUGGUAUGGGGCCUUGUGGAGGAGAUGAAGUUGGCCUGGGCAGAGUCCUGCACAGUUAGGAAGACCCCAGAUGGCCAGUAUGGGGAGCUGCAGUAUUGGCCUUGUGCAAGUGGGAGCCACUUUGUAAUGGGGCCUGAGCAAGGUCUGGAAUCUGGUCCCGCCCCCUGGAACCUCACAGGUCUCUGUGGUCAUCUAGGGGCCUUGUGGAGCUGGUCACGAGCCCCAGGAGGCCCAGGAAAUGAUUUUAUUUACAAAACUGUCAUCUAUUUUAAUAGCUGUGUUUAUGUAAAUGUGUAUUAGCAAACUGUGUGCGGGCGUGCCCACGCUCCGGAUGCGGGCACUGCCGCUUAGAAUGAACCACAAUAGGUGUUUCCGUACAAAGAGUCGGCUUAAAGAAAAAUACUAAAUAAAUAAUCAUGCAAGUGGUCUGUGAUUACGGUAUGUGGGUGACUGGAGUGGGGGCCAUUGCCCGGAGGGAAGAAGGGGAGAAAGGAGGCUUUAGGUCCCCCUGGGAAGUGGCUGGGACCCAGCUGUCUUCCAGGACAGCAGGGAGGCUUCUGGCUGGAUAAGAGGAAGCAGUUCAGGUUAGCGACACCACCGCUCUUACCACCUUCUUGAGGGCUGUCGUCCUGUGGGAGCAAACGCCAUAGCGUGUCCUGCCCAGAGCCCACCCUUGGUCUGAAACUUGGAAGAGGCCACAAGGCACCCAGAGUCCUGGAAGGGAAGCAGAGGGCUGCUCCACAGGGGCUCAGCAUCUCUGCUUCAUGCCCUGAGCCCGUGCCUGGCUGUCACUCUUCCCAACGCAGGGCCACACGUGGCCGCUGAGCUUCAGAAGCUGACCUGGAGCAGGCCGACAGCUCCCACACACCAUCCAGCAAGCGCCCAGCAUGUGUGCAGGUCUGGGGAUGCGACACAACAAGGCCGCACACUGGGCCUUCCUAGAGCCUGCAGGCUCAUGCCUGCCAGUCACUUUCUCUCCAUGUGGAAAGGGACCCAGGGCCGUCUUCCCCUGGAGAAAGCUGAUGGGCAGGCACCAGUCUCCACUUCUUCUCUGGUUUAUGGCUCUGAUAAGUGGUCACCCCAGUCCUACCACAGCACCCGGAUCUGGUCACAUACUCAUCUCCCAGGUAAUGGAAAUGUCAGCUUGAUUCACAGGCCUUUGCUGCCAGGCCCGAGGACAAGGGUGGCAGGAGUUGCUGCUGCAAGGGAGGAAGCGAGGCCUGCACAAGGCAUCCCAGUGUGCACCCGAACAGGCCUAGGUGUGACUCCUUCCCUGUCUCAGUGGCUGGUCCCAACCGAAAAUAAGACAGUAGGGAGCCAGGGAAAACACACACGCAUAGAACACAGCCUUACAUGAAGCCGCCACGGGGAAACAGGACCGAGAAACACACCAGGGCGGGGGGUCACCCAUGAAACCCCAAACAAUAAGAGUCAGGAGGGUCAGGCGGAAACUGUACGGAGCCAUGGAAGCCCCGGCUGAGGUGCGAGGCUGGAGGCACUAGGCAAAACGUGUGUUGUACACACAGCCUGCGUAAAGGCCCCAGGCUUGACAGUCAGCCCCACGUGGACUGCAUGGUGUGUGCUUGGAGCUUGGGGUAUGGACAGGCUGCCCCUGCGCAGACCUCUGGAGUGGGAUGCACAAGACCUCGAGGACUGUGGCAAAGAUGGGGGUCCUCAUGAGGGCUCCGGAAAUUGACGGGGCCUUUUGGACAGGUAGGACCAACACACGCUGCCAUCACGUUGGGGCUUUCUUUUGGUUGGGCCUGGGGACGGGGUGAGCUGAAGGGCUGCCUCAGGCCUUGGGGGAGGUGGUGGCUUAGCGGUUGGAGUCAGAGAGCUCAGAGGAGAAGGUGGCUAGGAAGGGUGCCUUGCUACAGGCCUGCUCUGGAUGUGAUUCUGGGCAGGUGGAGAUACUGGAGGCUAUAGAGGCCAUGAGGGGCUCAGCUGACAGUGGUCUGAAGGGUGUUCCCUACCCCCAUGGAAGCCAGAUUCUGGAUGGUGUCUGGGCUGGGAGGGGCUCACUGAGUUCUAAGAGUCCCUGGCCUGGGCUGGUGCUCCAGGGCCCUUGGUACCCUUGUGCUGACUAUGUCAACUUGACACAAGCUAGCGUCAUCUGAGGGGAGGGAGCCUCAGCUGAGAAACAGGCUCCAUAAGACUGGGCUGUAGGCAAGUCUAUAGUGAUUGGUGGGGAAGGCCCAGCCCACUGUGGGUAGGGUCACCCUUGAGCUGUUGUACAAGAAGGCAGGCUGAGCAACUCCUGCCUCGAGGAACGAACCAGGAAGCGGCACAUUCAUCCACAGCCUCCCAUCAGCUCCUGCCUCCAGGUUCCUGCCCGGUUUGAGUUCUUGUCUUGGCUUCUCUCAAUGACUGUGACUCUGGCUAUGUAAGCUAAAUAAACCUUUUCCUUCA